CGUCAUUUCAAUAUUUCCACAAUUUCACAUGCUCCCCAACAAUUUACCUCUGUUUUACGGUGGAAGAGCUCGCAUUGGUUGACAUCGUGGCUGUGCAGGACCCUGAAAUUCAGCCACGCAAUCACCUUAUCGCCAAGCCACCAUGAUGACAUCAAUCCGUGCGGCUUGUCGCAGAAUGGUUCCUUGCAGUUCAUGGAACCGGUUUCGAAUUGUCUCGUACGCCACUCAUGAGUCUAGAAGUGACGAGGCCUCUCAUAUCAGUGAAUUGUCCUAAUAAAUACCUGUUCAUCUAUUAAAGACAUCUUGCACCCAGAGCCUGAAGAUUCAGUCCACUUUCUUUCCCUGUUCCUAGCUCUUAUAGCUGACACGAAGCUACCCCGCCAUUGACUCUCAACCUUAACCUUACAACUACAACACCUACAGAUAUUCAAUACUCUAAUCCGAUGUCGAAUCCUGAGAAGGCUCCCCAGUAUUCCGCUGGCGACCAGCAUGGAAGCGGUCUGCUUCCUACCGCCAACCCUACCCAGAAUCAACCCCAAGACUCUUCUCUUCCUCCUGCGUACGAGCAGGGAUCAGCCGAGCUUCCUGGAGACGAGAAGCCCCGCGCACCCCAAAAUCCCGAUCAACAUGUCCAGUUCGCAGGAUCACAGAGCCAGCAGCCUCCUCAGUUUGCGCCCACUGCCGGAGCCGAGCAAUAUCCAAGUGCUGCAGAUGAGAAGCGCAAGCUAGAGCAGCAGUACUUCCCUCCCCCUCCUCCAGGUCCUCCUCCUGCGCAAGAUCAACACCAAGCGUCCGCAGCUCACCCGAACCCUCUCCAGGGCAACCCAGUCACGGUGCCUCAACAGCAUCAGGAGACUCAUCAGCCCUUUGACGCUCAGCAGUCUCAGCAGGCCCAACAAAACUACGCUAUCCCGCAGUACGACCCUGCCCAUCCUACCUUUGCGCCCCCUCCUACGAACCAGCCAGCUCAGGCUCAGGCGCCCCCUCAACCAAGUCCUACAGCUCCUACCCAUGGACAUGGCUUCGGCCAUGGUCCGGAGACAACCGCAACCCAGGCUUCGACUUCUGCACAUCCUGAGACACACAAGAAGCCCGGCUGGAGCGAAAAGUUCAGCCAGCUUGGUAUCAAGGCCGCUGCACCUAUUAACAGCUUGGCGCACAAGUUUGGUAGCCAGAGUUUCCUCCCCGAGACUAUCGACAAGGAGUGUGACAAGGCAGCUUCUAUCCUGAAGUCCUUCUGCAAAAACGGUGUCUACGCCGAUCCUAGCUCUAGCCAGGUUCCCACAUCGACAGACCCCAAGGCACAGGAAACCAACGACGAGAUCAUCGAUCCCACCAAAGAGAAGCCCAAGAAGAGAGUUCUUGUCAACAUCCCUCCCAAGGUCAUCGCCAAGGCCCAAGGUCUCGCUAUCUUCACAACCCUUCGUGCCGGCUACGCUUUCUCUGGUGCCACUGGUUCAGGCAUCUUGAUCUCUCGUCUUCCCGAUGGAUCAUGGGGUCCUCCUUCAGGUAUCCAAGUCCACUCCGUUGGCGCUGGUUUCAUGAUCGGUCUUGACAUUUACGACUGUGUCUGCGUCAUCAACAGCCGAGAAGCACUCAACGCUUUCGCCAAGACCCGUGUUGCCCUGGGUAGUGACCUUGCUGUUGUCGCUGGUCCAUAUGGCGCCGGCGGUGCUGUGGAGAUCGGCGCUGCCAUGGAUGGAAAGAAGAAGGAUAAGGAGCAUAAGGAUGAGGAGGCUCCUCCCAAACCUCCCCGCCCUACUGAGGACAGCCAAGGCCUGAAGCCAGAGACCGAUGCCGACAAGAAAAAGAAACGCCGCAGCCUUAGCACCGGCGCUUUCAAGCCUGUCUUUUCCUACGUUAAGUCCCGCGGUUUCUACGCAGGCAUUCAAGUCGACGGCACCGUCGUCGUCGAGCGCAAGGAUGCCAAUGCCGCUUUCUACGGCGAGCGUGUCUCAGUCGAGCAGAUCAUCCGAGGAGAGGUUCCCCGCCAGAGCGGCAUGUGGCCCGCUGGUGCUCGCAACCUUCUCGAGACUCUGAAGGGUGCUGAGGUCGGAUCCCUCAAGGUCAAUUCCGUGUCUCCGACCGAUCGGGACCCCACUUCCACCGGACCCUCCGGUCCUUCGGCGCCGGUGGCGUCGGGAGCUAAUGCGGGACAGACACAGCCUCCGGGAUAUGUCGAUGAUGGAGUUCACCGACCUGAAGUUGGAGAUGUGAAGUAUCGUUAGAAACGAUCAUGGAUAAUAAUAGGAUACCAUGAGAGGGAGGUAAUAGUUUGAUCGGUCUCUAGCUAUGAUUUUCUUGUAGUUUUAGCCAAAAUCGCAAUUGCAUUAUUUGAACACGAACACGAUUUGCUGGACUCCACGCG